UCUCCCAAAGAGGCAGAGCAGCAUCCUGCAAGGAAGAGCCCUCCCAGAGCCACCAUGCUCACUGCAAGGACAGUCCUGCUGCUGGCUGGGCUCCUCACCCUCUCACCACGCUCCCAUGAAGCCCCUUACAGUCCAGCCGAGUGCUGCUUCGACUACAUCAAGGGCGUCCUCCGGCUGGACUACCUGCUGGGCUCCUACUCCACCCCCAGGGAAUGUUAUUUCCCAGCAACUGUGUUUGAGACCAAGAAAGGAGCCAAGAUCUGUGCAAACCCCGAGGAGAAGUGGGUGAAGAGAGCAGUUAAAAUGCUUCAAAAAAAGAAAGAACUUCAUGGUCCAUGAUGUAGAGGGGGUGCCCUGGUUCAGGCUGCCCAACACCCUGCUGGAAGGAGGGUUUGCAGUGCCCCUCAGAAGGGGUUAAGGAUGUUCAGCUCCUGGGAGAGGGCACUGACUCCCCAGGGCCCUGAGCUGCAUCCACAGCUGGGCACCAGCUCCUGGAGUGCUGCUGGCCCAGCCUGCACCUUCCUGCUGACCACAGCCACAAAAUAAAGUUUACUUCAU